UGUGUUGUUUCUCUCUUUUUCCAGCUUUUUCUGCACCUCUUGCAGGCCUGUCACUGACUUGUGCUGGAGCAAGAGGGAAGCUGUGCUGCAGAGGAGCUGCAGAACAACAGGUGCUGGUCUCAUCAUGGCCCCCAAACUGAGUGUGCUGCUGCUGUUACUGGUUGUCGCUACGGUAACGGUUUUUGCACAGAGGCGACGCCCGACAACAAAGACCACGGACGAGUGGAACUACAGGGAUGGCUCUGAGCGGGUUAGCAUGCGCGGCGUGGCCAACCUGACCCAGGUUUUGGACAACUGGAGGUUUGACAUCCUGUCACAGAUGAGAGGGCUCCUGGAGAACGACCACCAGUCUCUGCUGCCGGAUUAUGCCAGGAUCCAGCCACUCUCCGAGGCCUUAGAUGACCUUUACAAGGAGUUCAACAGCCUCAAAGCUCACCUCGGUGACCUGACAGAGAAGUUUACCGCCGUAGAAGCUUUCAUCGAUGAGGUCAAGGUUAGCCGUGCCAACAACGCUGGCCCUGCACCUGGUCCAGCUCCUGGUCCAGGACCAGAUCCAGCCCCCGCCCCAGCCUCAGUCCCUAGGCAGACUGGGAGGAGGGUGAUGAGGAAGAAAGCCACCACCUCGACCUAACCAAACAACAAGGAGCCUCUUCUACUAUGAUAUCUGUUUCCUUUCAGGCUGUUUCUAAUUUGCCUUUAGCUUCAGGUUUUAUCGACUGUUUUCAGGGUGUCAAAUACUGUUGGUUUGUCGUAGCUCAUACCAGCCAUCAUGCUGAGAAUCCAUCAUUUGAUCUGUUCACAUUCACAUUAAUCUUCUCUAAAAGUGCUUACACUUGUCCAGUAAAGAGAAACAUACCAGGUGAGAGCUUCCAGUCCAGAUUUUACUGGUUUUCUGUUAUCAGGAAGGCAAGCACCUGUCAGUCAUUUUGUCAUGGCAUACUGUUACCAGAAGUGGUGCAAAUCAUUUCUAUGGAUGUCUGCCUUACGGGAAGUCCUGAAGCACCAGCUUCAACAUCACUGCCUCCUGUACUGGAGGUUGGAGGGGUGGUGGUGGUGUGAACUGCAUGAAAUUUAAAGAUUAUUUUUUGUGAGUUGUCAUGAACUCAGCAGCCAUUUUAUUUUAAAAUCCUAAGUAUAGCCCUUCAGAAAGUUAACCACAUCCAUAGACAAUGCUUAGGUGUAUCCAAUCUGUUCCUGUGACGUCAAAGAGCCCUGACAAAGCAGCAGUACGUGAGGCCCUGGGAGUGAUUAUAUAACUGUUAGAUCCUCCACAGUAAGCUUAACCUCUUGGAGUAUUUACUUGUUUUUCAUAAAAGCCUACUCUUCCAUUAAUUGUUAAUCACACAUAAAUUUUAAUGGAGAAAACACACAAAAUGCCCAAUUAACCAUGUACUUCAUAAAGAUGUCGACUCAGUGAGAUGCUGUUGUGUGCACAUAUGGCCAAAUCUGAAAAAUUCUUUGAGCACAGUUUGCUUAAAAGAAAAGCUAAACUCAUGCACACGUUUACCAUUUGCAGUUUACUAAUUGAAAAGCUCAUACACACACACACAAAAGAACAUGCAUAAAGCAUCCAAUCAAUGGUUAUUAUCACCCUUUUCUUCAUUUAUUCACUUAGUUAUUAUGUAAUCUGAAGUUUCACUGCCUUUGAUAUUUCGCAAACCGAAAGAAAAAAACUGAAGGAAUUAAUGAGUUUAAUAUGACUUCGACUCUUUGACUGCGAAAGAAGGAGCCUUUUUAGAAAAAAAUGGGGUUAUUGAGAUUUGUCACUCAAGUAAAAUGAUUUAUUGGUGAUCCAUGUUUUAAUCUAACACUAGGUGUAAUAUUUCUCCUAACAACUAAAAAGUACAUUAAAUUUUAAAUGCUUGAAAAUUUUUUGACUUUUUAAAUCCUGUCUGCUUGUGUCUCUUCUGCAUUUUAUGAGCUCGCAAUAAACCCAAUUAUUGCAUUCA